UUUUGACGGUGCGUUCCUUCCCAACCCAAACGCUAUUGCGAUUGCGCACUACCGGUAGAUCCGGUUGCCCGUUACUUCUUCCUUUUCUCUAAUCUUUUGUCGUUCCAUCCCCUUUUGCUAUUUCAAAAUAACAAAGCAUAGUACCCGCUUUUCACACUAUUUACAGAGCGAUUCUGCUACUUUUCAACUCCGAACCCUAUCCCUAGGGUUUUUCAGUGGGUUGUUUGCUGGCGCUUCUAAUUUAAUGCUAUAGGCUGAGGUUGAAGUGGAUCCACUCGACUCAAUAACUCUUCUCAACAACUUUUGAUGCUGUUGUGAAGCUUUAAGGUCAAUAGAAUGUCUCGAGCGGAGCAACUUUGGGAGCGGUUAGUCCGUGCUGCAUUGAGGAGGGAAAGGAUUGGUGAUGAUGCAUAUGGGCGACCUGUUGGAGGAAUUGCUGGAAAUGUACCAUCUGCCCUAGCUAAAAAUAGGGAUAUAGAUGAAAUUUUAAGGGUUGCUGAUGAAAUUCAAGAUGAUGAUCCCAAUAUCUCAAGAAUAUUAUGUGAGCAUGCAUAUUCACUAUCUCAAAAUUUGGACCCUAACAGUGAAGGCCGAGGUGUUUUACAAUUCAAGACUGGUUUGAUGUCUGUCAUCAAGCAAAAACUGGCUAAAAGAGAAGUGGGAAACAUAGAUAGAAGUCAAGAUGUAGCUCGGUUACAAGAGUUCUACAAGAGUUAUAGAGAGAAGAAUAAUGUGGAUAAAUUACGUGAGGAAGAAAUGAAGUUGAGGGAAUCUGGUGCUUUCAGCCGGGAUCUUGGCGAGUUGGAGCGCAAGACUGUGAAGAGGAAAAGGGUUUUUGCUACCUUAAAGGUUUUGGGGACAGUACUUGAGCAGCUGAGUGAAGAAAUUCCUGAUGAGUUGAAGCAGGUCAUGGACUCAGAUUCUGCAUAUACAGAGGAUUUGAUUGCAUACAACAUCAUCCCCUUAGAUGCUUCUUCUUCAACAAAUGCUAUUGUUUCUUUCCCCGAGGUUCAAGCAGCUGUUUCAGCUUUGAAGUAUUUCAGUGGCUUGCCAGAGUUGCCUAGGGGCUAUUUCAUUCCUCCUACAAGGAAUGCUAACAUGUUCGAUUUUUUGCAGUGUACUUUUGGAUUUCAGAAAGAUAAUGUAGCUAAUCAACAUGAACACAUAAUUCACCUGCUUGCAAAUGAGCAAUCCCGACUUGGAAUUCCAGAUCUAGCAGAACCUAAAUUGGAUGAAACUGCUGUGCAGGCAAUAUUCCUCAAGUCCCUUGAGAAUUACAUAAAAUGGUGCAACUAUUUAUGCAUUCAGCCUGUUUGGAGCAGUAUGCAGGCUGUUACUAAGGAGAAGAAAUUACUAUUUGUUUCUUUGUACUUCCUGAUAUGGGGUGAAGCCUCAAAUAUCAGGUUUCUACCAGAAUGCUUGUGCUACAUAUUUCAUCACAUGGCUAGAGAGAUGGAUGAGAUCUUAAGGCAGCAGAUUGCACAGCCAGCUAAUAGUUGCACUUAUGAUUCUAAGGAUGGUGUCUCAUUUCUUGAUAAUGUUAUCUUUCCUCUCUAUGAUAUUGUUUCUGCAGAAGCAGCAAACAAUGAUAAUGGGAAAGCACCUCAUUCCUCCUGGAGAAAUUAUGACGAUUUUAAUGAGUAUUUCUGGUCACUCCAUUGCUUUGAGCUUGGUUGGCCAUGGCGCAAAACUUCUUCAUUUUUCCAAAAGCCACUACCCAGAUCAAAGAAGAUGCUUAUAUCUGGCAGAAGUAGGCAUCGGGGUAAAACAUCUUUUGUGGAGCAUCGAACUUUUUUUCAUCUUUAUCAUAGCUUCCACCGAUUGUGGAUAUUUCUUUUCAUGAUGUUUCAGGGUCUAACAAUCAUUGCAUUCAAUGAUGGAAAUCUUAAUGCCAAGACUUUGCGAGGGGUUCUUAGUCUUGGACCUACAUUUGUUGUGAUGAAAUUUUUUGAAAGUGUUCUGGACAUUUUCAUGAUGUAUGGUGCAUAUUCAACAACAAGAAGCCUAGCUGUCUCACGAAUUUUUUUACGAUUUGUUUGGUUCAGCCUUGCUUCAGUUUUCAUAACUUUCCUCUAUGUAAAAGCACUUCAGGAAGAGAGUAAAAGAAAUGCAAACUCGGUUGUUUUCAGAUUGUAUGUGAUUGUCAUAGGGAUUUAUGCUGGUGUCCAAAUUUUCAUUAGUUUCCUUAUGCGGAUACCGGCAUGUCAUCGUCUAACAAAUCAAUGUGAUCGUUGGCCUUUAAUUCGCUUUGUGAAGUGGCUGCGCCAGGAACGACAUUAUGUUGGACGGGGAAUGUAUGAAAGGAGUUCAGAUUUCAUAAAGUAUGUUCUAGAUCUUGUAGGAAAAGCAAGAUUGUUGCUAUCCCACUAUUUUAAUUUUAGAUUGUAG